AAUGAAAGUCUUUGACGGCGUGCCUUAACCUACUGAAAAUGAUGUUUCCAUGAAGUUUUAUGCUAAAGGGUAACAAGUCUUCCUCACUGAUGGCGGCCUGUGUGUUGUGUCGUCAGGUUGCCAGGUUUCGUUCCCUUCCAAUAUGGAGAAAAGGUUUAACCCAGGCUAAACACAUUCACAUCAAAUCGGAGGAUGACAUAAAUGAUCAACAAGAAAAUAAUAAAGAAAACAAACCCCAAGAAGGGUACAAGCUGCGUUAUGACCCAUCGUCUUACUCAACAAACUCUGCAAAUUCUCACCACCAGACCGAUAAUGAAGAGGAGCAAUGUCUCGUGGCUCAUGGGCCUUCUUUCUGUCAACAAGGAAAUCGCUACAGUGUGAGCUGCUCGCGGCAAUCUUCAAGCUCAAAAAGCAAGCUUCGCCGCUUGAAUUUCAACAAACUCCCUGAACCUGAGAUACCAUUUGUGUUGCCUGCACAAAAAAAGCCAGUACCACCAACUGCUAAAGUAGACUCACGUGCUUUCCUUAAAUGCCGGCCAAAGUAUGCCUCAAUGACCCUUGACCUUACCCAGCAACCUCGUUAUAUCGACUGGCCAGAGGUGUUACUGCUACUCCAACAAGCGUCGCUCUUAAAGGGCAAGAUGAAGCCGUCUGAUGUUUCCCAUUUCCUCGUGGAGGUCAGCAAGUUGCACCCAGACAACUUGCCACUGCUGCAUAGGAACCAAAGCUUUGUCCUGCUCCUUCAAUAUUCUGUAGAACAUCUGCAGCUCUUUUCUCAGCUUCAGCUGCUGGAGGUGUUGCAGUCAUUUGUGUGGCUGAAGAUCCCCCCUUCUUACUAUGUGCUGGAGGCAUUUGAGUCUGAGCUGAGCCAUCGAGCCUACCAGAUGAGCUUGCAUCAGUUGUUGUUCGCUGCUGACCUGUGGCGCUGCAUGAAGAGGCUGGUGCCACAGUUUUUACAGCAGGUGUUUAAAUUGAUUUGCCCAAAUCUGGGACAAAUAGGCGUUCCUGAGCUGAUACAUCUUUUGUAUAUAAUGGGAGAAGGCAGGCACUGUCCGAAAGACUUAAUUCAUCCUUUAGAGCAACGUCUGAUGCGUGAUUUACAUCAGCUGCACCCAGAGGAGAUUGGAACUGUCUGCCUGGGCCUCUUCAAGUCCCAAUCCCCAAUCUCUGAGCACGCAGUGACACGGCUCGUUGACAGAGCACUCUGUUGUGUGACUGAGAUGAGUGACUUUGCGCUGGUGAAUGUGAUGAAAUACCUGCGUUUCAGUUAUCGCUUUCACAGAAAGUGGCUGGAAGCUAUGGAGCAGGAAGUUCCUCAACGCGUCCACGGGAUGAGUGUCCAAGGUCUAAUGCAUAUGGCUUUGACUUGUUCAUCUCUGCAUUAUCACAACAGCAACAUCCUAAAUGCCAUUGCAGAGAGGAUUCCUCCUCUUGUGCCACACUGCAGGAGUAAGGACUCGUGCAAACUCUUGUGGGCCUAUGGCUCCUUGGGGUUUCUCCCCAGUCAGAGUCCGACUUUCUUUCCAAGCCUCAUAGAAGGCCUGAGACAGAGGAAAGCUGAGUUCCAGCGAUACCCAGAGCACCUACUUACUGGCCUUCUAGGCUUGGCUUUUAUCUCUCAGUUCCCAGAGGACCUUGUUGCAUUAGCUUUAAGCCCUGAAUUUAUCAGCUUGGCUCUGAAAAACACCAAUCUGGAUCUGAAAAAAGACUUGUUCUCGUUAGACAGUGCUGUUGCGCUGGAGAUGCCUCAGUGGAUGGGCCCCAAGUUAACUUCUGAGUUAAGAGAAGAGGUGGCAGACAUGCUGUGGAAGUUUGCACUGUCGUCCAUAUGCCAGAAACCAGAAGUUCUAGAGGCUGAAUCAAGUCUUCAAGACCUACUUGGGGGAGAGCAGUUUGUGUGGAAGAGAAUGAUCCUCCCCCACACUCGCUCCAUCGACCUGGAAAUCCAUCUGGACUCCACUGGACAGCCCAUUCCUGUGAACCCACCACCUCUGGAGCAGAAUUCAUCAGUAGUUCCCUCUAAUCAGGACUGGAAGAAAUUAAAAACCGGAGUGACUGUUACUGAUGAACUUUUUGAGAAGUUAAUAAACGUCAAAAGUCCUUCAAAUUCUUCACCUUCAUCUCCCGGCCCUGUGUCCCCUUUCAGAUUAUCGCCGGAUGAGAGUGGGAGUCUGUUUGACUCAGUUCUAGACUUGACCAGUGGCAUCCCAAAACCCCAAACUAUUACCGCUGAGUGUCUUUUGCAGGACUAUAAACAUUCUGUGAAAGUGGCUGUGCAGGUCACCCACAAGAACCAUUUCUGCUCCCAGUCCCAGCACCUGCUGGGGCUUCACGCGAUGAAGAGAAGACACCUAAAAAUCUCAGGCUACAGAGUCGUAGAGCUGCACCACAAUGAGUGGCUCCAGAUGCUCAGGAAGAGCAAGGCUGAGAAGCUGGGGUACCUCCACUGCAAGAUCUACAACUGUCUGUAACGAGUCUUAGGCCUCCACGAACUGGAAGAAAUGGAAAACGGUAUUGCUUAAUUUUGUUUUGCUCAAAUGCAAAUUGCAGAAAGAUCCAUUGGUAGAUGUUUAAGUUUAUGUUUAAUUUUGGCGUUUUUUUAUUUUAUUUUUUGUUCAGCU